CUUUUUCUUUGUUUUUUUCCCUCUAAUUUUACAUUUUACAUUUUGGUUUUUAUAUUUAUCUUAUUUUUUCUUUCUCAAUCGAAAUGCAGAAUCGACACACGGCAACCGAUAGAUUCGUCGUUUCGCGCGACAAGGAGGCAGCGACGCACCUCUCCCCAGGGCUAUUCCCAGCCGGUCGCCAAUCCGAGUGGUCAGCUCAAAACCGCACCUUAAUAUUCUCCAUCCACCCGCUCAGCAACAAAACGGCACUCGCAGUGGGCGGCAAAAAAACACGCGAAUCGCUGUCAAAUGACACGCUUACAUUUGACCAAGACCAGCGGGUGCAUAUUUGCGGCAUAAGCACAGAAUCCGACUCGCGACUUGCCUUCAUCAACGACACACACGCGGUAUUUGUCGCACUCCAGCAGCUAAUGGAGGAGGCUGGCGCAGAUGAUUCGACUGCCAGUGCGGUGGGCAUCAAGGGAUUGGUGAAGAUGAGCGUGUUGUAUCGCGAGGCAAUGCAGAGACAGAGCCGAGUUUUGGCGGAUAUUGCGGACCCGAAUGAAUUUAUCAAGGAGGAGGCAGAGACUUUCCGCGCCAUACACGCCGUAUGGCAUUUGUUGGAGAUAAUAUACUUGACCACCAACACCCCUGGACUGAGCACGUCGAUUGUGCCGCAUUUUAUGGAGUGGCUUAAUGCCAAUUUCCUGGCGCCCCUGGCUGAAGACGCACACCGAAUUGCCGGGGGCUCGCCAACGGCCGAUGAUCUGGCUCGCAAUGAGCUUCUGUGGCCAUACUUAAAGAAACUGGCGCUGCGCGGGCAUGUCUCAGUGCUGGGAAAUAUGCUUGAGCGGCUGGCUCCCUCACAGCUUCUGUCUGCGUCAGCAGCGCGCUGGGCACGUUCGCUCUCGCAGCUGUGCCGAAAGAUGCCGCUGAGCUCGUCGGACGAGACCGCAGGGUCAUUUAAUUCGCGUUGGCGCCAGUGGAACGAGGAGCUGCGCGGACAUGCCACGGCCAUUGGCUGUCUCUUAGGGGACGCUGGCGAAAAGGAUGGGGGCGCUGGUGGUGACAAGGAUAAGGCGCUGGAGGCACUGUUUGCCAUUAGCGAGGUUAUGCGGGGCGACCUCGAUGCCAUUGCGGCGGAGGGCGAGAUGUGGCAGGACAUCAUGGGGGCUACUCUCCUGUACAGCGAACCCACAGCGCGGGCCGACCGGCUUCCAGCGCUGGUGGGCGCCAUUAUCGAGCAGUUUGAGGAGUCGGCAUUCACGGAACUCGACCGUGCGCUGGUCGCUCUGCUGAAUCACGACCUGGCUGAGUUCCUCGUGCAUUGCGACCACAUCGAUCAUUGGCUUUCAGCGCACAUUUCUGAUCUGAUGGAUCAUAUCAGCGUGCUAGAUAUUUGCCGUCGGGUGUUUGUGGUGGAUCCUCGCGAGCACUACCUGAUGGCCUUGGGCGAGUCGUACUUGGGCCACGAGGACUUGUGGCGGGUGGGCUUGGACUACCUGGGUUUAUGCCGGACCGUGGCGGGCGCCCUUGUGAUGGAGGAGUACGUCACACGGAUUCCCCUGGACUCUGACCGCAAGGCCGAGCAGGUGCUGCGUGUCUGCGAAGUAUACACGCUGGAGUGCGCGCGCGACCGCAUUCACAGGCAGCUGGGGCGGCAGAAGUGGCAGCGCGGACGGCUGGGGGCAGCCAUUGCGCAUUUCGCACAGGUGUGCGAUCACGACUCGAUUGGGUUGAUCUGCGACCAAAUAUGGAACGCGUAUAUCUCCUCGGGCGAGCUGACCUACGGGCCCACCAUUGACGGCGUCAUGGCCUCCUCAUCUUUGUCCGAGGGCUCGGGCUCGCUGUUGCAUCACGAGGGAUUGCAAUUUUUGAGCAAGUACCGGGAUUUCCACGAGUUGUAUGCGGCUGGUGCUUUCGUUGAGGCUGGCAAGGUGCUGUUGUCUAUUUUGCUGUGUGAGAUUGCCCCGGCGUAUGCUCUGGGCGAUUUGCUCGUGGAUUCGAUUCCGCUGCUGGAGGGAGACACUUUGGUUUUCAGCUCGGAGGAUACCUUUGAGCUGAUGCGGGUCGCUGAGUCGCUGGCACAGUCACAGAUGAGGCAGUCGCAGCAGGAUGGCGCGAUUGAUUGCAGCGAGAUGAACAUCUUUAAUGUCGCUUGCACGCGCAACCUGGCGCGUUCAUUUGUAAUGUUCUAAAAUAAGUGAAAUAAUUGAAAUUUGAUAAAGGA